AUGGCGUCCCAGUCGCACGCCUCUGGCUCGUCGAGCCAGCCACACGCCGCCGAUGCCGCCACCUCCUCCUCACCCACCAAAUCCAGGCGCGCCAGACAUGCCCGCACCCCUGCCUCGCUCACCUCGAGCGCAGGCGCAGCCCCUUCCAUCUCGUCAAUCUACGGCAGCGGCUCGCAAACCCACUCCUCCAUCUCGGCAUCCGAGGCCGUCUUCACCUCCAUGGGCCUCAAUCCCUUCCGCACCGACCCAGACGAGCUCUUCAACACCCUUUCGGUCAAGCAGGUCGAGACCUAUGCCAACGCCGUGCGCCAAGCUGCCGAGAGGAAGCAGUCGGACCUCCGCACACUCGUAGGGGAGCGCUACCAGGACCUCUUGGGUACCGCCAACACCAUCAUCGGCAUGGCAAACAGCUCGUCCCAGCUCUGCAAGCGUCUCGACCAGCUGCACGAUGGCCUCGUCGCGACCGGCAAGCGCGCCUCGCAGCAGUCGGAGAGGAGGGUCUCUCGGCGCCUCAGCUCCUUUGCGAUACCAAGCGUCGCAGAGCAGCAAAGCCGCGCGCGCCAUGCCAACGACACGGACCACGAGCUCGACGAGGCAGAGCACAUGUACCGGCUGGGAGCAUCGCUCAAGACAAUCAUGGACGCUCCCGAGUACGUCUGGCGAACAAUAGAAAAGGGCAAGACGCUGCAUGCUGCGUGGGCCUUUAUGGUGGCGCGGACAGUAUGGUGGGACCUGAUGGAGCGGUCGCCGUCCAACGACAAGCGAUCGAACCCAGCCGAGGGCAAUGCGGAGCGGGCGGAGCGGGGCCCGCAGAUCGACGUCAAGGCGGCCUUUCCCUUUAUCGAGAAGCAAUGGCAGGGUCUAGUCCCGAUGCGCAAGCAGAUUGUGCAGAGGGCGAUCCAGCUCAUCGCCGACUGCGACCUCGGCUUCAGUGCCACCGCCGACCAGCUGGCUGCCAUCGUCCUCCUGGACGGCACACGGCUCGAACAGACGUUUGCCCUGGUGCUCUCACAGCGCAAGAGCACGCUCAAGAGACACGUCCGGCGGCGGUACCCGAGCGCUGCCUUGGGGCAAAGGCGAGGAUUCUCGGACGAGCGUAGACCGUCCAAUGUCGCCUUCGACCGGGCCUCGACGGUGCAAGGAGCCAGCGGCAUCAUCGACGGGAGCAGCAGGAUCCUCGAUCGACAGGAAAAGGCCGAGGAGAAGCAGCUCGAGGCUGUCCUGCACAACGUGGUCCGAGGUGUUUCAAACACCUUGACGCAUCUCGUCCGUGCCUACUUCCUCCCUCAGCAAGCCAGCGAGGGGUCCCUGCUGCUUUUCGACGAAGAUCUCACCAACAAGAUGGGUCCGCCGGUACAGCCAUAUCUGUACGAGCUGCUGCAUCGAUUGACGCAGCCGCCCGUCAUGGCCGGCGACGAUGCUUCCACGUCUCCCGGCCUUGCCAGACGCGCAUCGAUCCUGCAGAGUCCGCAAGUGGGCAGAAGCGGACACCAGGGACACUCGCCAUCGUCGACAAGCCCAACCGCGCGGCGCAGCGCAGCACGGCGAAGGUCAAGCUACGGGUUUAGCCUGCCCCUGCCGUCGACCUCCUCUUCAGCGACAAGGGCAGCUCCCGGCAACUCAGACGAUCAGCACGCCGAGACACAUCGUCGCCAGAGCCAGGCCGCGGCCCCGCCGCAAGCGCGGGUCUCGACGUACGAGAUCCUGCACUCGCUGCCCAGCUCGCAUCUCCUGCUACGCUACCUUCCGCUCUCAGUGCUGUCAUUCGUCCCCUACGUGGAGCUUCAUCCGCUCGACGAAGGUGCGCUCGACAGGCUCGCCAGCGAGCUCCGGACGUGGAGUCUUCAGCUGCGAGAGGAGCUGUUCGCACCGGCUCAAGAUGCCGAAGGAAGGCCCGGCGACUCGAUCCCGUCGCUGCUGUUGGGUCUUUCGAGGAUAGCCUCGGUGGCCAAGCUCAGGGCCGGGACGAUGGCAACGCUGAGCCGCUCCACGAGGACGGCUGAGCGCAAGAUGAAUGAGGUCCAGCGCACGACGACCGAGCACGGCCGGGCGCAGGGCGCGGUGCAGCUUUUCAAGGACGAGAUGACGUCGCUCAGAGAUGAGCUCGACAGGGCCUUUCUUGGCAGGCUUGAGGCGAUACAUGCCUCGUCCCUCGCUGCAUGCAAGGCUGAUGCCCUGCAAGAGGUUGACGGCAUCGUGGCCGAUCUGGACGGUCGGGAGACCGGUCGUGGAUCGCUCGCUCUGCUCUUCGCCGAAGAAGGCGACGGAAGCGACGGCAACUACAGCCGGCUGGAAGGACGCAGGACGACGUCCCAAGGACGCAAGUCGCAGGCCAUCAAGACGCCCGGUCCGACGCACGAACAGCUAGCCGUGCUCGAUGGUCAGCUACGAGGUCGCUCGGCUGAUCUCGACGGCGUGGUCGGCUCCCUUAGCCUCCAGCUCACGGUCAUCUCGAGCGACACUGAUGCCUUCCUGUCGCAGCGCGACUUCGAUCCGGCGACCAGGGAUGGGAUCCGGAGCAAGCUUCGCCAGAGCCUGUCCGAGACGCUGCUUGGUCUGCUCAGCCAGCUCCAAGGCCGGAUAUCGACUCCCUCUGCAGCGCACACUCCAGCAAUCGGCGGCGGAAUCGAGAUCGAACCUCGAAGAGCCCUGAUGGCCAAGUUGGCGUCGCUCAUGCUGCGAGACGGCGCACUCGCGCAGCUGGUGGCGACUGGGAAGGACUGCCAUACGCAGGGCCCAGAGCAAUCCCUGACUGCAGCCGCAAAAGGCUUGGUCGAGGUUUCGCUGCGGGACUGGGCCGAUGUCGUGCGGUCUCUCUGCCUUUCGAGGCUAUCGUCCACGGACGUCGAUAGCGAGGCGGACGCCGGUGGGCCCUCGCGCCACCUGAUCGAUGCUCUUUCUCUCCUGGCCGAGGCGACGCUGCGCGCUGGAGUGGGCAUCGAUCCGGCCUCGAUCGACGAGAUGGUCCGAUCCGUGCUGGAUGCCCUCCGGCUCCACGUCGCUUCCGCCUCACGGGGUGAAGAGUCGGUCGACGUUGCGAUGCUGGAUCUGCUGCUGCGCGGCACGACGGUGGACGACGAGUCGGUGCGGAACAAGGUCGACGAGGCAGUGGCGCGCAGGUGGCUGGUGCUGGCACCGAUCUCGGUCGGUGGCACCCUCGCGGUCAAGGAUCGGAAGCGGAACGUGCAGGGACCGGGGCCGGCGGCCACGGUCGAGGAUGUGACUCCGCUGGUGGGCAAGACUCAGCUGCCGCGAUUCGAGGCAUUGAGCCUGGGAUAG